AUGUUGCAUUUCCAGGCAAUGAUUGAUUACACGAUUUUCGAAUGUGAAAUCGAGCCGACAUGUGAAAAAGAUCCGUCGCGAAUCCCUUCAAAGCGAGACGACGACGCCCUGCAGAUCACUUGUCCUUUGGCCAGAGACCGUCGGCUGCAAACACUUCGCAAACAUCUCGAGCAGGUGUACGAAGCAGAUCGAGCACUUCUGCGGAAAAUGAGCCAUUGCACCGCAUACACGCAAAUGACUGAAAUUGUUGCCGGUUUGAAAGUCGUUCGACUACUUGAAAAAGCCGUCCAACGACGGAUCUUCAAUCAUCUCAAAGAAAGUUCACGGCUUAAAUCGGCGACGCAGAACUCCAGAUGA